GGAAUAUUACCCAGAAUGCAGGAGUAUUUCCCGACAUGCAUUGAGCCGGGAAGAUGGCGGCGCCCAUGGCAGACGCUUUGGCUACAGCAGUGGCGGCGGGAAAUAUGCCGGAAGUGCAAUCACUACUCAGUCAGAGAGUGCAGGCAAAUGUGCAAUCAUCCCAAGGUUUCUACCCCCUGUGUUUGGCUGCGUUUUGGGGUUACAGUGACAUGGUGGAGCUCCUACUGAAGCAUGGGGCAGAGAUAAAUGCUUGUAACAGCGGCACUAAGUGGACUGCCCUGCACUGUGCAGCCUUUCAAGGGCACGGCAAAGUCAUUAUGAAAUUGAUGCAGCACAAACCUGAUAUGCAGAUGAAAGAUGCCAAAGGGAGAACAGCUGCUGACUUUGCUUCCGCCCUCGAUGCCAUCUGGCCUUUUUUUGCAGCUGCAGGAUGUAAAAGAACAGCCAAGUCAGAGCUGAUCAGGCUGGAGAUAGUUCAGAAGGUCAAGGACACUGACCCUGCCGUCCCCCCAUCUGAUGUCCUCCACUUCUCCCGACCUGGGUCAGCAUACGUCAUGAGGUCACAACCUCUCAGAGGUCAAAGAGCAAGAGAUGUGCAAAUGGAUGCUGCAGCAGCCAGCGGGGAUGUGUUGAUGUCAGCAGGACACAGAAUAACCUCCAAAACUCAACCAGCCUUCAACCUGUGGAGAACCUAGGGUGGAAAUUAGGCAACCACCAAGAUCUCAGGAUAGGAGCAGGGAAUGGAGAAAAAGCCACAGCUAUAUAACAAAUUUGAGGCAUUCCACAUUUCAUACCGGCUGAAUUGGUCAAACAUGAACGUAAAACAUUCCUGGAUUUUACAUAUACAGUAAUCCUUGCGGAAAGAGUUUUUAAACCUCAUACCUCCAUGAAAUGUAAGUGUUUGUAUCGGGGUUGGUUUGGUUUUUGUGAUGGUGGGGUUAUGGCGGGGGACAUGGUCAAUAGUUUAUGAAAGGACAAAGAAUGACUAACAGUAUAGGGUCUAAUUAAGGACUACAAGCAGAGGGCAGUCAGUUUUACACACUCCAGGACCUACACACUAGACUGCCAAAGUAAUGAGAUGGCUAAAUUUUCAAAAUAGACACCAUAAAUGUUGUAACAAGAAAUGAAGCAACAAAAUAAACUGUCCUC